AAGGGGCGUAGCUAGCCGCCCACUCUCACAACAUGGGCUCAUCGAAAAAGCACAAAAAGAACAAAUCGGAACGUCGUGAAAAAUAUGAGGAGUAUAGUCAACAUCAAGAUCCCGCGCAGCUGCAGCGUGGCUUAAAGCUAAUACUAAAAGUAGGCUCAAAUGCAACACCCGAGUAUAGCGCAAAUUCACCACUUACCACAUUGGAUGGACACGGGCCGCCGACGGCGGCUGAGGCAAUGAUGUCGGCGGCACCAAGCAGCCCAGCUGUGCCGGAGGAGCUGCAAUGCGGUGAAAUGGGACAUCGCGAGCGCCACAAGAAAUCAAAGAAGAAGAAAAAGAAGAAGGAUCGUGAGAAGAAGCACAAACAUCACAAGGAGAAGCGUCAUCGCAGCCGCGAAAGACACCGCGAGCAUAACUCAGAGCUGCAUGAUGAUUCUGCUGUUGCAGAUGAUACCACUUUUAGUGGAUGGAAAUCUCAGCAUCGUAGUCCACGCAGUCAAGUAGACGCAGAUUGCAGCCAGGAUGGCUUCAGCUUUAUGGACGACGAUGCGGAGGUGUCACAGCCACUGCCUGAAAAUAUUUUAUACUAUGCAGGCAUAACCACUGAUAAUUCACCAUCCCAUUGUCCGGUGUCAAAGCCCAUUGUGCCACGCAAGCUGGACGACCUGCUGCGCUCACCUGCAAGCUCCAGCUUGGGGUUGACCAACACCAGUCCAACAAAACCUCUACCAGAUCUUCUAAUACCCUCACCAUCUGGUUCGACGGCUGCUUCAACACCAGGCGGUGCUAGUUCGCUAAAUGCACUGACGCCCAAAGCAUUAGAGGCGCCCAAGACGCCCAGCAGUAGCAGUGAGUCCGGACGAGAGCCGCGCAGCUGUGUGCUGAAGCUGAAACAGCAAAAGUCACCGCUUAAUAAACUGCUGGAACAUUUACUUCGAUUUUUGGAGAAACGUGAUCCACAUCAGUUCUUUGCCUGGCCUGUCACUGACGACAUUGCGCCCGGCUACUCGUCCAUCAUUAGCAAACCCAUGGACUUUUCGACAAUGCGCCAGAAGAUUGAUGAUCACGAGUACACGGCGCUCAGUGAAUUCAGCGAUGACUUUAGGCUAAUGUGUGAAAAUGCCAUACGCUAUAACCAUGUGGAUACCGUUUACCACAAGGCAGCCAAGCGGCUGCUCCAGCUGGGCAUUAAGCAAUUGCAACCGGAGAAUCUGAUGCGCACGCUCAAGCCGCUCUCUGGCUACAUAAGAGAGCUCACUGCAAAGGAGUUGGGCUUCGAGUUCAGCAGCAAUGAGCUAGCAGGCUUUGAAGCACAUGAUUCAGCAGAUGAGGGUGCGUCGACGGGCGCAGAAGAGCCCACGCAAGCACAGCUGGAGGAGGAGGAACGUAAGCGUGCGCUGCGUUUGGAAAAUGCGCCCAAAACGCACUUUGAGCCUUAUGUGGAUGAUUUGACUAGCGAGGAGAUACUGGCGCAAGUACAAAACGCAUCACAGCAGGCCAAGCAGCGCAUUAAUAGAAAGCAGCGAGCGCAUAAAAUGGGUUUUCUACGUCAACGCAAAGAUGGCAGCACCACAUUGAAUGUGCUCGUUGGCGACGGCAAUGAGGGACCUGAGAAAGUAGUCACCAUUGGUGACUUGGUGGGCAAGCUGCCCACGGGCAGUGGCCAAUUGCAUGGCUUGCAUACAGAUCAGCGCAACAUUGUGAAGACGGUGAAGCCCAUGAACUAUGGUCCCUUUGCCAGCUUUGCGCCUACGUUCGAUUCGCGUUUCUCCACGUUGAGCGCGGAGGAAACGCAGCUGGUGUUGCGCACCUACGGCGAUGUAGCCAGCGCCGAGUAUGCUGAAAGUAUUCUACAGUUUACCAAGGACUCUAGCUAUGGCACCAACAUAGCCAACGGCUUGCUGGACAUACUCACCAAUGGCGAGCACACCAAGUCCUUGGAUGAGCUCUACAGCAUGCAGCUGCAGCGCUAUGAGCAGCGUGAAAUAGAAAAAUGCUUCACCAAUCAGACGCAAGGCGAUGCUGCUGUGGAGACGAGCGAACAAAUCGAGCUGGAGUAUGAAAAGUACAAGAACACGCGCUUAGACUUUAAGCAUUUGCGCACGCUCAAGGAUGUGGGCAUAGAUGUGAGUUUUCUGGACGACGUUGAAGCAGAUAUGAAAAACUUUGAGCUAACCAAACGCAUGCAUGAGCAGCUGAGCAACAAUAUGACGCUGAUUGAUAAACUGCGUGUAAUGCAGCAUGAUCGUUUGUCUCAGCCGCUGCCCACGCAUCUAGCUUUGGUGGCACAGCCUGGACCAGAAGAAGUGCAAAUGGCACAACAGCUGACGCAGCAGCUAUCUGAGGUGGCCAAGAAGCUGCCGCCUGCAGCUAUAGCGGAUCAAUAUGCGCUGCGCAAGGCCAUGGGCAUGUCUUUUGUUGGUCUGCCGCCACCGCCGUCAUCACCACGCGUGCAACUUCCAGAGCUGCUGCAGCAGCCUGUAGCAUUGCCACAUAUUCCGGCUGUAGGCAGUCAAGUGCCCAUGGAGCUGGACGAGCCGGAUGUCAGCACUGGCGGAGAUUUGGAGAAUGAGCUGCGCGAGUUUCUGGAAAGCGGCUCCGGUCUACAUGGCUCCAGUGGUGCGGAUGAUAGCAACAUAGUGGCACAGCUUUUGCUCAACUAAUUCACACACACAAAAUUAUAAUUUCUAAGACGCUACACAAAAAGAAUUAUUUUCACAAGCCCAAGUCGCAUUGGCACUCAUAAUAAACAUUAAUUUAAG